AGAAAAGCAAACAUGUAGAUGUAUGUAGGUUAUCGGUUAUGUAUGAAUGAUACCGGUGUUUUACAGCGAUGACGUGUAUGUAAGGGUCCUUCGGACUUCCGGGUGUGUAUAAACAGACAGCAACGGUCCUGCUUCUCAUACAAGAUGUCCAAAGUAACUUUUAAAAUUACCCUCACGUCGGACCCCCGGCUGCCAUACAAAGUAUUAAGUGUCCCUGAAAGCACACCAUUCACAGCGGUCUUAAAGUUUGCAGCUGAAGAGUUCAAAGUGCCAUCAGCAACCAGCGCUAUUAUAACAAAUGGUAAGUCCACAGAAGGAUGAAUCUUUUUGUAUUUCAUUAAUAUGAGACUUUUCACUUUCUUUUUACUGAUUAAAUAA